AUGGACAAACUCCUCAAGCCUGACCGAUUUGAUGUAGAGCCAGAAAGUGAUGGUGCAGAAGAACAAUGGCUGCAUUGGUACCAGACUUUUACCAAUUUCCUUGAGGAAUGUGACUCUAAUGCAACAAAUGAAAAGGAACACUCAAGCGUUGAAGUCUCAUUUGGGGGUAAGAAACCUACGCUGAAGGUGUGCGGACUUACAGCAGCUAAGGUUGCACCCGUCCACUUGUUUUCAAACUUAACUCUUGACUGUAGACCUAUUGCAGUUAAGUCACGACGUUAUUCAGAAGAAGAUUCGAAAUUCAUAAAAGAAGAAACUGAACGCUUGUUGAAAGAGGGUAUCAUUGAACCAAGCACUUCACCUUGGAGAGCACAAAUGAAUCAGCUGAGCUCUAGCCUUAAUAAGCCACGACACAAGUCCAAUGUCAGCCUUAUCAGUCAGCAAUGUCCUGCCGCCGCGGUCAAGGUCAAGGAGCAAGUACUGGUCUCGAUAUCGCGCUGUCAUCGCUUGCCCUACACAAAAACCACGCCAUCGCUCUCUCUCGCACUCGACCACUGUCUUGAGACCGAUGCAUCUGAGUUUGCAAUCGGCUCAACCUUGUCACAAGCAGGACGUCCAGUAGCUUUUUAUUCGAAAACAUUAUCAAAAUCUGAAAAGAACCAUUCUUCUGUUGAAAAAGAAGCUCAAGCAAUCGUAGAAUCUCUUAAGAAGUGGAGACACUAUCUUAUUGGCCGGCCAUUCCUACUCAUUACAGACCAAAGAUCAGUUUCUUUCAUGUUUGACAAUAAAAGAUUUGGAAAAAUAAAGAAUGAAAAGAUACAACUUUGGCGUUUAGAACUGUCUUGUUUCAAGUAUGAUAUCGUAUAUCGACCAGGCAAGGAAAAUGGAGUUGCAGACACCAUGUCACGAUUGUGUGGAACGAUUUGUGGUCGUCCAAACUUAAAUGAUAUCCACACGAGCCUGUGUCACCCGGGAGUGACAAGAUUUUACCACUGGAUUAGAUCGAAAAACUUACCUUUUUCACUGGAAGAAGUUCGUCGUACUACAGCUCAAUGUCGAAUUUGUGCUGAACUUAAGCCUAGGUUUUGUAAAUAUGAAGGUACGUUAAUCAAAGCUACAGCACCUUUUGAGCGACUAAACUUAGACUUUAAAGGACCAAUUCCAAGUGCUACGCAAAAUAAAUACAUAUUAACUGUUGUAGACGAGUAUUCACGAUAUCCAUUUGCUUUCCCCUGUAGAGACAUGACUUCCAGUACCGUGAUUGAGAAACUGAAAGAAAUGUUUACAAUUUUUGGUAUGCCUUCAUUCAUUCAUUCAGACCGAGGAACGUCAUUAAUGUCAGACGAAUUAAAGUCUUUCUUACAAACUCAUGGUGUUGCGUCAAGCCACUCUUCUGCUUAUAAUCCUAGAGGGAAUGGCCAAGUAGAGAGAUUCAAUGGCACUAUAUGGAAGACUGUUAUGCUUGCCCUCAGAACCCAAGACCUACCCGUAAAGUAUUGGGAAUCAGUUCUUCCUGAAGCACUUCACUCAAUAAGGUCAUUAUUAUGUACAUCAACCAAUACAACACCUCAUGAACUGAUGUUUAAGCACCCCAGAAGAUCGUAUUAUGGAGGUUCAGUUCCAAGCUGGCUGUCACAACCCGGCCCAGUGCUGUUGAGAAAGCACAACAGACCCAGCAAGUAUGACUCACUUGUAGAAGAGGUAGAACUUAUUCAAGCAAAUCCAGGUUAUGCUCAUGUGAAACUCCCAAAUGGACAAGAGAAGACAGUAUCCAUAAGAGAUCUGGCCCCAGCACCUGGACAAUCAUCUUUAGAAACAGACUACCAAUUGCCAGAAACAUGUGGAAAUGAACAAGUUAUUCAAGAACCGGAGGUUUCAUUUGAUCAAGAACAAGUUGAAAAUGAUUGUAGUGGGACAUUAAGUGACACGAAUGUACCAGUUGAACAUGCAAACAGUUCUUGCAAAGACUCAAGUUCAGUGCCUUCCAAAACGCAUCCACAGCGUAUACGGCAAAGACCUUACUAUCUAAAAGACUACUUCUCGUUUUAG